GUCUCCACCUUAUCAGCGCCUGAUCACCAAAGAGGGACGCUGUGCUUUUCGUGUCCCUCUGUCUUCUUCAGGCUCACGGAGAAAGUCUUUGCGCAGAGCGUGGCUGCUGGCCGUGCAGGACCUGUGGGGACUGCUGGUGAAUCUUCGCUGGAGAUGGACUCUCCUGGCCUUCUGCAGCUCCUUCGUGGCUCACUGGUUGUUUUUUGCCUGUCUCUGGUAUUUGUUGGCUCAUCUGAAUGGAGACCUUGAUGUGCAAGAUCACGAUGCCCCACCACAGGGGCAUGUUGUCUGUGUAAAGUACAUUACAAGCUUCUCUGCUGCCUUUUCUUUCUCUUUGGAGACACAGCUAACCAUCGGUUACGGCACCAUGUUCCCCAGUGGAGACUGUCCCAGUGCUAUAGCGUUGCUAGCUGUACAGAUGCUGCUGGGGCUCAUGCUGGAGGUAUUUAUCACAGGUGCAUUUGUAGCCAAGCUCUCCCGCCCCCAGAAACAAGCAGGAGCCAUCCAGUUCAGCCCCCAGGCCGCAGUAGGUCAACACCUGGGCCAGACGUGCCUCAUGGUCCGAGCCACCAAUCUGCUGAAGCGGCCUCUGCUCGAUGUAACGUUGAGUGCUGUGCUGUACAAGUGUGAAGGUCAGGCUCUCCACCAGACCUCUCUGGACUUCUAUUUGGACCAUUUGGGCCAAAAGGCAUGUCCUUUGUUCAUAUUCCCACUCACCUUUUACCACCCCCUGGAGCCUCAGAGCCCGCUCUACCCCGCCCUGUGUGAGGGGUCCCCCACUAACUUUGAGUUGGUGGUUUUUCUGUCGGCCUUGCAGGAGGGUACUGGUGACUCAUGCCAGAAGAGGACCUCCUACCUUCGCCAAGAAAUCAAAUUAAACCACUGCUUUGCCCCUGCUUUCAGGAUAGACUCCCGCGGGAGGUACACAGUGAGCACCCAGCACUUAAGCACAGCCCCUUCAAAUGAGCCUGUGAACAAAGACUCUGUAGUGCAGAUCAACAGUGAUGGGAUGGAGUAAGGAUGCUGAAGGAAAAUCUCAAGAGAUAGUAAUUUUCUUUUUUCUCAGGAGGUAUUUCACUGAAUCUUGUAAACAUUAAUAUGAUUAAGCAUAAAAAAAAUCAAGUGCAUGUCAGACCAGUGUCAGUACUGCUGCAGGCUCCAUCACCAUCAAGUCUUGGUGCAAAACCUAAGGAAGCGUGUUCCUGAGGUCCGUAUGUAAAGAUUUUGUACUUGUAGGAAAAUAUCUGGAAAUGUUAUGUUUGUGCAUCCAUACAGGAGAAUGUGUGUGUUUGUAAAAAUAAUUACACAAUGUGCUUUUUUAUUGUUGUUUAGGUCUGUUUGCUUAUACAAAGCGAAACAAUAGCUGCGUUCAUGUUCCGUGUUUCAAC